AUGCAAACAGUACCCAGCACGGUGAAGAGGCUGCCAGUAGCCAACUUCGGCUCAUUGAACUAUCAACUCAAUCAGGACAUGGUGCCAGUGAAGCUGAACUCUUUGAGAGGGUCCCGCUGGUCCAAGCAUUCGCUCACAUUCCCCUCUUCAGACUCACAAGAACAACAGGCUCCAGAGCCUCAAGAGCAUCAUGAAACUAUCACAAUAGCGGCUCCUCCCACUCCACUAGCGAGAAAGUCGAGGACUUCUAGAUUUAGAUCUGCUGCAUCGAAGACGACCAAGGAGGCCAAGGAGACGGUGUCUCAAAAUGAAGAAUUCACUAAGAGGGACAUCAACGAGACUCAAGCCACAAAGAACGCUAAAUCACCAGAGACACAAACAUCAGCUUCCACUGCUCCCCUUCCGAAGGUAAGCACGGAGAAGGCUUCGGAAGCCAGCGCUAAGCCCAAGAAGGCCAGGAGGCAAUUGCGUCCAAGAAAGGCUUUAAUCACGUUGUCUCCAGGGGCCGUGGAGCAUCUCAAGGCAUUACUAGACCAGCCUGAACCUCAACUUAUCCGCAUUGGUGUCAGAAACAGAGGCUGUUCUGGCUUGACAUACCACUUGGAAUAUGUCACCGAGCCAGGCAAAUUUGACGAGUUGGUAGAGCAGGAUGGAGUCAAGGUUUUAAUUGAUUCUAAAGCUCUAUUUUCCAUUGUUGGUUCUGAGAUGGACUGGAUUGACGACAAGCUCUCAUCUAGGUUCAUCUUCAAGAACCCUAACUCCAAGGGCACAUGCGGCUGUGGCGAAUCGUUUAUGGUAUAA